UCAACAUCUCUACCCAAUUUCUCUCUCCUCUCCACCAACCGUCUUCUUCCUCUCUCUCACUCUCUCAUUCUUCUCACAGAUCGAUUAAUUUUCAGCCAUGGUUGCCAUCAAGUCCAUCAAAGCUAGGCAGAUCUUUGACAGCCGUGGUAAUCCUACCGUUGAGGCUGAUAUUCAUCUAGAUGAUGGAACCUUUGCCAGAGCUGCUGUUCCAAGUGGUGCAUCCACUGGAGUCUACGAAGCCCUUGAACUCAGGGAUGGAGGUAAAGACUACAUGGGAAAGGGUGUUUCUAAGGCUGUUCAAAAUGUGAAUGAGAUUAUUGGCCCUGCUUUGGUUGGCAAGGACCCAACCGCACAGACUGACAUUGACAACUUCAUGGUUCAACAACUUGAUGGAACUGUCAACGAAUGGGGUUGGUGCAAACAAAAGUUGGGAGCAAAUGCCAUCUUGGCUGUUUCUCUUGCUGUCUGCAAGGCUGGAGCCCAGGCCAAGAAAAUUCCUCUAUACCAGCACAUUGCAGAGGUUGCUGGUAACCCUCAGAUGGUUUUGCCGGUCCCCGCCUUCAAUGUCAUCAAUGGUGGAUCCCAUGCUGGAAACAAGCUUGCAAUGCAGGAGUUCAUGAUUCUGCCUACUGGAGCUUCCUCAUUCAAGGAGGCAAUGAAGAUGGGUAGUGAAGUGUACCACCACUUGAAGAGUGUGAUCAAGAAGAAGUAUGGUCAAGAUGCAACCAAUGUUGGUGAUGAGGGUGGCUUUGCUCCUAACAUCCAGGAGAACAAGGAGGGUCUUGAAUUACUAAAGACUGCCAUUGAGAAGGCUGGAUACACCGGCAAGGUGGUCAUUGGAAUGGAUGUUGCUGCAUCUGAGUUCUACAACGAGGACAAGACCUAUGACUUAAACUUCAAAGAAGAGAACAAUGAUGGAUCAAAAAAGAUCUCUGGGGUUGCCCUUAAGGAUCUUUACAAGUCAUUUACAUCCGAAUACCCCAUUGUAUCAAUUGAAGAUCCCUUUGACCAAGAUGACUGGGAGCACUAUGCCAAGAUGACCGCAGAAGUGGGAGAGCAAGUACAAAUUGUUGGAGAUGAUCUUUUGGUCACCAACCCUAAGAGGGUUGAGAAGGCCAUCAAUGAAAAGUCCUGCAAUGCUCUUCUUCUAAAGGUCAACCAAAUUGGAUCUGUGACUGAGAGUAUUGAGGCUGUGAAGAUGUCCAAACAUGCUGGGUGGGGAGUGAUGACCAGCCACCGCAGUGGUGAAACCGAAGAUACUUUCAUCGCUGACCUUGCUGUUGGUCUUUCUACGGGUCAGAUCAAGACCGGAGCUCCAUGUAGAUCUGAGCGCCUUGCCAAAUACAACCAGCUUUUGCGUAUUGAAGAGGAGCUUGGUGACAAAGCUGUUUAUGCCGGACUUAACUUCCGCGUGCCUGUUAAACCCUACUAAGGAGUAGAAUUUGCAGUCAAGAGAGUUACUGGUUUUUGAGAAAAAAGCUUUGUUUACUAUCCGUUAAUAACAGACCAGAGCCUAGAGUGUUGCGGAGCAACUUUGUUAAAAGUUUUGUUGAGAGCUUUAACACUAAUUAGCGUUAAAUGUUUUGGAAUCUGGCGGUUGCUUUGGUUUUAUGUUUUUUUUAUUUUAUUAUCUAGUAGUGAAUGAAUGUUUAGCUUGAGUCUUUCUAAUGUUCUUUGCAUAGCUCAAGUUUGCUGCCUGCGCUUCCCAUUAA